GCUGUCCAUACUUUCACCUCACCAAAGAUCUUGCCCAUCAAUUAUCACACUGCUCUCCACUAUCCAUCUCACCACAUAAAAAGGACCGCGUUGCCACAUUCUCACUAUAACUGUCCUCCUCCAUCUUCAAUUUUCUCAACCUUGCCGGCUUUUCCCACCCAGGGAUUGUUCCUCAAAUCCUUCCUACCUCGACUUCAAUCGGCUGUCGAGCGUUUAGCUUUAGGUCUCGUCUCGAAAGUCUUGAAACUCACUGCUACCUGCGGUAUUACAUAGGCAAUAGUUCUGUUGCUAGAUUCUUGUCUAUUUCCAGCUUUUUUGUCAACGGAUUGAGUCUCUAGGGACAUUCAACUAGCCUUGUUUGCAUAGAAACGAGAGGCUCUAAAGAGUUUCGCCAUCUCCUUGCUCUGGCAAAGAAAAAAAAAAUACUUCAUUAUUUCGGCAACUUUUCCCCCCAUACAACAGGAUCACCUCUUUUCUUAACGAAAUCUAUCAUAUUCCCUUUUGUUGCUUGUUCAACCCCAUAUCGCCAUGGCCGACGCACUUGCCUCGCAACUAAAAAAUACAAAACUAGGGGAAGCGAACGCUGAAGCGAAGUUGAAGGGACAAUUGAAUGUUCCCAAGAAAGAUACCAGACCGCAGACCGAGGAUGUGACAGCUACUAAAGGUCUCGAGUUUGAAGAUUUUUACAUCAAACGUGAGUUGAUGAUGGGUAUCUUUGAGGCCGGAUUUGAAAGACCCUCCCCGAUCCAAGAAGAAACGAUACCAGUUGCCCUUACCGGCAGGGAUAUACUAGCCCGGGCAAAAAACGGUACCGGGAAAACGGCAGCGUUCGUUAUUCCUACUUUGGAACGCAUAAACCCGAAGAGCACAAAAACUCAGGCGCUCAUUCUUGUUCCUACGAGAGAACUCGCACUUCAGACAUCACAAGUAUGCAAGACACUUGGAAAACAUCUGGGUAUCAAUGUCAUGGUCACAACCGGAGGAACGGGACUGAUGGAUGACAUUAUUCGAUUGAAUGAUGCAGUCCACAUUCUCGUCGGAACACCAGGAAGAGUACUAGACUUGGCAAGCAAGGGUGUCGCUGAUCUUUCUGAAUGCCCUACGUUCAUUAUGGACGAAGCUGAUAAGUUACUGUCCGUUGAGUUCACGCCUGUUAUUGAACAGCUGUUGUCUUUCCACCCCAAAGAUCGUCAGGUUAUGCUGUUCAGCGCCACGUUCCCAUUGAUUGUCAAAUCGUUCAAGGAUAAGCAUAUGCGCAACCCUUACGAAAUAAAUCUCAUGGAUGAACUCACCUUGCGGGGAAUUACUCAAUAUUACGCCUUCGUGGAAGAAAAGCAGAAGGUGCACUGUCUGAACACUCUUUUCUCCAAACUCCAAAUUAACCAAUCCAUUAUUUUCUGCAACUCUACCAACCGCGUGGAGCUCCUUGCAAAGAAAAUAACGGAACUCGGAUACUCUUGCUUCUAUUCACAUGCGCGAAUGCUUCAACAACAUCGCAACCGAGUUUUCCACGACUUUCGAAAUGGUGUAUGCCGCAAUCUUGUUUGCUCUGAUCUACUGACGCGAGGUAUCGAUAUUCAAGCUGUGAAUGUCGUUAUAAACUUCGACUUUCCGAAGAAUGCGGAGACUUAUCUCCACAGGAUUGGACGGUCCGGUCGUUUUGGCCAUCUAGGUCUGGCAAUUAAUCUUAUUAAUUGGGAUGAUCGCUUCAACUUGUAUAAGAUCGAGCAAGAGCUGGGAACGGAGAUACAGCCCAUCCCGCAGAACAUCGACAAAAAACUCUACGUUUAUGAAUCUCCCGGUACCAUUCCCCGCCCGAUUUCACACCCCUCGCAGCCAGGUCAGACGUCCGCUACCACACAAUACGCGGGUAAUGGAGAGCAUCAGCAACGUCGCCAUAAUAAUCAUGCGAACGGUGGGCAUUACAAUUUCAGCCGGGGUCGAGGUUCAUAUCGUGGGGGCCGUGGACAAGGCCCACGACGUGGGCCCCAAAACGAUCCCAAUAGAUCUUUCACUUCUCCAGGACAGCCAACUGGAAAAUCACACCCAACACCUGUAUCCUAAUAUCCUCACACAGUCGCAUUAGAUCAACAAAUUAUUACCGACGUAUUUCGAAUGGAAGAUUACAAAUGCUUUUUAUGUCUUUUCUUGUCGCUGGGAUCUGCUACUCUUUGUCUUGGGGGGUGGUGAAGGGACUGUCUGGCAUUCCGGGCUUGUCUUCGGUUCAGCAGUUUGUCAUCUGACACAAGUCUUCUCGGCACUCUUGCUAUGAUAAGAUGGUAAUACCGCGACAUGUGUAUCAUAUUUCCUUUUGCUCAGUUGUUCGAUCCUUGUUUUCCCCAUGGAUCGGUUGGUUGGGGGCAUACGCUUCAUCGCUUCUUACGGAUUUGGCGCUAUAGGUGUUCUCGCUUUUCAUUAGCAAAGCAUGGGGCACCCAUUCACCAUUGUUUUCGGUGGAUUCCUGAAUGGUGGGUACGGCGUUCUUGGAGUCAAGCGGCAAUGUGGUUGUUUUGAUUUUCAUCUCUGACGACAUACUUGCUUAUUGGCUCCUCGCCGGCAAGUUCAUUUCUUCGGCCAAGUCGGCGGGACAUAUGAAAUCUCCAAUUCACAUGCACCGAUUUUGAGCAGCUCUUGAAAGAUCAUACCAAUAGCCUACGAGAAUCGUCGCCUUGUUCAUGUUCUUGUCUCAUUUCCAACUCGCAACUCCUGCACUUGACUUGCUCCUUCUCUCUGUCUUUCUAAAUGCAACUGUCGGUGGCUGUUCCAUCCUUUGGAGCAGUGUCGACAACUUCGACUUGCGAUGUAUCAACUCGAUCGAACAGCCGGAUUCAUUUUUUUGAUCGUUCAAGAGAUGAUUUAUACCUAAUAUGGAUUCGUCUGAUGUUCCCCGGUGAACAUCACAAUUUCUUAUCAUUUUCGAGAAUCAAGAAAAAUUUCAAAAAAGAAAGCUUUUGCAGCAAUUGUUCAUUGCCCAUGUUCCAUGUUCCCCGGUCUCGGGGUAAUAUUGGCAGAUUACAUAUCGUCAGUGAGUGAAAUAGAAGCUCUGAAGGUGAUGUCGCAACAUGAAAGGAUUUGGUGGGAAGGGUCUAACAGGAGGAAGAGUGAUGAGAGGAUAAAGGGGGAAGAGGUCCAAAUGAAAUUGGGGUGGGGAAAGAUCUGGAAUAAAAAUUAAAGUAAAAAUAAAAGGAAAAAAAAAAAAAGAAAAAAGAAAGGGCAAAAAAAAGAAAAAGAAAAGAGACAAAAGAAAGAGGGAGAGAAUUAAGAUUAAAAGAAGAAAAAGUGAAAAGAAACGAGGAAAGGGGAAGGAAGGUAAGAGGAGCACUUUGAUGCAGGAGUGAUGAACCUUGCUUAUACUUCAGCAUCGAGUGAAAAUGUCAAUUGUCCCUCUUAGUAGUAUUGUUAUAUUAUUAUUGCAUGUAGGCAUUCCCAUUCCACAGACGAAUUGCCAGCUGCAGCACGCUGUGUACUACUAUCAUCUAUGUAGGUUUACCAAAGGCCUCGGUGAUAACUCCUGCACUGGUGGAUUCACCCGGUUGCCGUACAGGGUCUUCAGUGAACACA